AUGGAGGAGUCUACCAAUAGCAGCUAUGAGAUUUACGACUACCCCAACUUCACGGCGUCAGACGUCGUCCCGGAGUGGGCAGAGGUGCACCAUUUCAGCCCCAUCGUCUGGACGGCCCUGGUCCUCUACGCCCUGAUUUCCCUGCUGGGCAUUCUGGGCAACGUGGCGGUCAUCGUGGUGAUGGGCUUCCAGAUGCGGCACACGGUGAACACCGUCUGGUUCCUCAACCUCUCCGUGGCAGACCUCCUCUGCUGCCUGGCCCUGCCCUUCCUGGCUGUGCCGCUGGCGUCGGACCACCACUGGGGGCUGGGCGACUUUGCUUGCAAGCUCUUGCCCUCCCUCAUCAUCUUGAACAUGUUUGCCAGUGUCCUGCUGCUGGUGGUCAUCAGCGUGGACCGCUGUGCCCUGGUGGUCAAGCCGGUGUGGUGCCAGAACCACCGCUCCACGCCCCUGGCCCUGGCCUUGUGUGCCGUGGCCUGGGCGGUAGCCACGCUCCUCACGCUGCCGUCCUUCUUAGUCAGGACCCUCAGACACGACCCCCUGUCGGGCAAGACGAUGUGUGGGGUCAACUACUCCCGCCUGAACGAGGACCACCGUGCCGCUGAGGUCUCGGUGGCCGCCAUGCGGUUUGCUCUGGCCUUCCUCGCCCCCCUCGUGGUCAUCAGCCUCUGCUACGGGCUCCUGCUCUGCCGGGUGCGCAGCAGCCGCUUCAUGCGCUCCCAGAAGACCCUCGUGGUGGUGCUGGUGGUCAUCGUGGGGUUCUUUGUCUGCUGGGCCCCCUUCCACGCGGUGGGCCUGAUCCUGGCCUCGGAGCCCCCCAGCAGUGAGCUGUUCAAGGCUCUUAACAACGCCGACCCCCUCGUCGUGGGCCUGGCCUACCUCAACAGCUGCAUAAACCCCGUCAUCUACGUCAUUGCGGGCCAAGACUUCCGGGCCAAGGUCAGGCUGUCGCUGCGGGCCAUCCUGCGCAAUGUCUUGAGCGAGGAGGCCACGCUGACCUCUGCCACAGACGGCCGUGGACAUGCCACCUGCACCACCGAGGACCGCAGCACCAGCACAACGGUGUGAGAGCCACGGCGCCUCCCUGCUGCUGGCUCCCGAGGGGGAUUCCUGGGAAAUCGCUCCCCGGACUGGAGUCCCCACUUUUGUUCUGCGAUGGGGGGGGGGGAAGCCCCCAAUGCUCAGAGUGGGGCCUGACCCACAUCUUAA